AACUGAAAUAAAGAGCUCGUUAUAUUAUAUGGAACUGGGGGUUGGAUAUUUGGGAGUCUUGAUUGUCCCAGCAAAAGUAUCUGCCUGCCUCUGUGGCAGAAUUAGGGGACUCUGUGGGCUUCACAGGGGGGUUCCUGCUGUCCCGGGGGCUGUAGGAGAUACAGUAAUAGAAGCCACAGGGAGUACCUGUAGAUAUUGGGGUGCAAACUCAACGUUAGCCCAGUGUCACAACCACCAGCGAGGUGAAUAAAGUGAUCUUUUUGUCAACAGUCUCAGGGAAUCCCUAAGUGUUAGACUGUAUUUGCUUCCUCCGGUGUUGGUAACAUCAGGCACUGGUUACUGAGGGAACAGGAGAGACGGGGAGUAAAUCCGUGGCUGUAGUGAAGGAUCACAGAGAAAACUCGAUGAGGGACGUUACUUCAUGACAGAGAAAGGAGCCUCUGGCUUUAUCCAAGCAAGAUCUGGGAUGCUUAUCCGCACUAUACCGCUUGUCUAGUUCUAUACCCACCUGAGGAUAAACACUUGUUUGGAAUGGCCGCCUACAUCGAAUUUGUGCCCCCUCCGGAAUGCCCGGUGUUCGAGCCCAGCUGGGAGGAAUUCUCUGAUCCCCUGAGUUUCAUCGGACGCAUCUGACCGAUUGCUGAAAAGACAGGGAUAUGCAAAUCCAACCUCCCAAGGACUGGCAGCCGCCCUUUGCCUGCGAUGUCAAAAGCUUCUGCUUCACCCCUCGGGUACAGCGCCUCAACGAACUAGAGGCAAUGACCCGUGUCAAACUCGAUUUCUUGGAUCAGCUGGGAAAAUUUUGGGAGCUGCAAGGUUCCGCGCUCAGAAUUCCAGUGGUGGAUGGCAAGCUGUUGGGUGUGUAUGCACUGAGCAAGGUGGUUUCCAGUGAGGGGGGAUUUGAGGUUGUCACUAAAGAGAAGAAAUGGUCUCAGGUGGGCAAUCGGAUGGGAUACCAGCCAGGCAAAGGCACAGGCUCUCUUCUGAAGUUGCACUAUGACCGAAUCCUCUACCCCUACGAGCUGUUCCAGUCUGGCGUCAGCCUGAUGGAAAGAAAUGCACCUAGAAUAUUCUAGAGAGAAACCUUCUGUUUCAGUUUUUAGUAAAGGUACCGGUAUAGGACCUGUUAUCCAGAAUGCUCGGGACCUGGGGCUUUCCGGAUAAGGGGUCUUUCCGUAAUUUGGCUCAU